UUUUGACCGUUCUCGGCUUCUCGCAUUGUAGGCAGCCACUCGACAUAACAGAGGACAAAAGAGACGAUACCAAGAAACACCCUCUAAGGUUAGGGUUUUGGCAGAUGGGAGAAUGCAAACAUCCUCACUUAGAACGGGGAUUAAAAAUUUAAUUUUAGGUACCAGUUAGGGUUUACGUUUAAAAUUAGUCUGUAGGAAUUUAAAAAAAAAAAAAAAAAAUGGUAAUCUUAGGAAACAACCCAUUAUGGAAAUUUUCUGAAUAGAGUAUAAGAUCAAUAAUGGAAACACACAAAAAAAUGUAAAACGUUGAGAGAUGGGAAGAGAGUAUAGUAGUAUAUAUAAAGAGAGGGACGAUGAAAACAAUCUCUGUCUUUCUGUGUAAAAUUAGCUUUCCUUCAAGUUGAGCAAACAAUCUCUGUCUGUGUAAUUUGGCUUUCUUUCUUUGAAGUUUCAAUAUGGGAGGCACAAAACGAAAGAUAGAGAUUAAGCCUAUCGAAAACAAGAACAUGAGAUCAGUUGCUUUUACAAAACGCAGAAACGGUCUCUUCCGCAAAGCUUCAGAGCUCUGUCUCCUCUCUCCAGGAACUCAAAUCGCAAUCUUAUUAACUCCUCUUUCUUCCAACUCUCAUGCUUCUUUCUACUCUUUCGGUCAUUCCUCUGUCGAUCACGUUGUCUCCUCUCUCCUUCACAAUCAGCCUCCUCUUCCGACAGACCAAGAGAACAGAUCAGGGGUAGGGUUUUGGUGGGAAGACCAAGCCUUUGACAGAUUGGAGAACGUUGACGAGUUGAAAGAGGCGAUCGACGCGGUUUCGAGGAUGUUGAACAAUGUGAGGUUACGAUUAGAUGAUGCCGUGAAGAGCAAUCAAAGAGAUGGAAGUUUAGUGAAUUAUCAGGAGGAGGAGGUUCUUCAGCUUCGCAACGAAGACACAAAUCAAAUUACCAAAUUCGAAGGUGAAACUUCUGCUUCUGCAAGUUUGUUAAAGAACUUGGAGGAUAAUCUACACAUCGAUGAUUGUUUUUACUGAUUUCAACAUUGAUCCUUUGAUUUGACCAACUACUUGCUUUAUCAUCAUGUCCUGUUUAGGCUACUAUUUAAUCUACCGGUGCAUAUUUUUUGGAUUUUUUUGGUGUUUUG